AUGAUUCCAAGAAGAAAGAAAGAGAGGACCAUGGCGGUAUCCUCAAUUGGUGUGUCUACAACUACUGGUAGUACGCGUCGUCUCCCAGUUUGGCUCCUUCUGCCGGUGAUGGUUGGGGCCGUCUUUGCCAAGCCUGAAAGUCUGAACCCUAUUUCAAGAAUGAGGAAUCCCUUCUCGCAAGGGUGCUUGUUUUCCCACGGGGUGGUCCCACACGUGAGGUUGUGCAACUCAGAAGAUAGCCGAGAGGACAUGGACAACGGCAUCUGCCGGGCGCCCACGUUGGACUACAUGGAAAUGCGCUCCUUUGGAGCCAACUGGGAAAGCCGCAUCUUUGCCGCCUGGAUUGUACAGAUCGUGCUUAGUGAAUUGGUGGGUGUCCCGGCCACCGUGGAAAGUGGAAUGUCUCCAGAAGAAGCAAGCUUGAACUUCUACGAUCCCUUUCCUCCGCCGGAACUUGCCCACGGGGCCAAUUCUAAAAGUGAAGCGUUGGAAACUGCGUUUGCUUUCGAAGACUGUCGGAUGGUACAACGGGGAGGUGAUGCCCAUAAACCUUGCGCUCACUUCACCCCGGAAAUUUGGGAUGCAGAGGCCAACUGGACCCAGGACCGAGUGUUCGAGGGGACGUUAGAGCCUCCCACCAGCUAUGGUAUCGUCGGGGAAGAAGCAUUGUACGUCACCAAAUUCACCUUGGAGCAAGACCCCUCCUUUGCUACAUACAUUGGCCUCAAGGGAGAUCGCUAUAGACAAAAGCUUGCCGAGACGUUUAAGCGUCCCCUGUCGUGGCUGCAAUACUGCGAACAGGUUUCCAUCGACAAUUGCACGACAUCCAACCAAGUGGCCCAAAGACCCCCGAAAGAUGAAACCGAAGCUGCACGCUACUUUGUAGACGGUUCCUACAUUGGAAACUUUCAAUACACUGAUCAAAACAACUGUACACUCAACAACGACAGCUGCACUGGACACUUUGCUGACUACCCUUGUGACUGGACAUCAUUCGCAGAGGCACAAUUCUAUCACUUGAACAUUGCAUUGGAGAGCAAUGGACCGCUACCCGGUUCUCGUGGAUAUAGCUACUCGCAGCUGCGAGAACUUUGGCAGGCUGCCAAUGCGACGAAAAGCAACCUGAUCAUGUUCUGGUACACUCCAGAGCCAGCAGUACACCAAUUCAUGGGAAGCGAUGCAGAGUUUCAUAAAAUCACCAUGAAGUCUCCAACGAAACAAUGCCUUGAUGCCCGCCCUGAUCGUACUGAAACCUGCAAUGGCAACAACACGAUUCGGGUGGGCGGACCCGAAGCAGACUGUGGCGACUCUCCCAAACCACUCCAAAAGGUUGUUACCGGGAACUUGUUUGAACUUACUCACGCAGAGUCCAUACCAGAGGCGGUUCGCAGUCCUGCCUAUGAUGUGUUGAGGACAUUCCGACUCUUUGAACACCACCUGGGAGACAUUGCAAGCCUCAAGGCGCAAUUCAAAGGAGAUGCCAGGCAAGCCGUCUGCCAAUGGGCUGUGGAAAACGUCGACUUUUUACAAUCCUUCACGCCUCAGACAUAUCCACGAGUUCUGGAAGGAGGAGAAGGAUCGCUUGGAUACUGGACCCUCAUUUCAGUCUCCUUCGGGAGCUUGGCGCUUCUAUUGGUCCUUCUGACGGUUUACGCCGUCCACAGAUAUCAAGGCAAACGAUCCAUUCGAAUUGCUCAAAUCGAGUUCUUGUACCUGCUGCUCGCAGGCCUCGUCUUGGUAGCAACUGGGUCCGUUGUCAUUGGAAUACCACCAUCGAACGGCAGCUGUGUCCUGUCCAUCUUUUUGAUCAACCUGGGCUAUGCCCUAGAACUGGUACCCCUGAUUAUCAAAAUUGCGGGCAUCAACAGGAUCAUGUCCGCCGCCAGACACAUGAGGCGAGUACGCCUCGAGAAGACGGACCUCUACAAGUCAGUGGUGGUUAUUGUACUGCUGGUCUUGGCAUUUCUAAUAUCGUGGUCCGUGGUGGAUCCCCCGUACAAGGAAGCCGAGUACAUCCUUACAGGAAGAACGAACGAAGACGGAGCACGGGUUGUGAACUUUGUCUACUUUUGCAGCAGUGACUCUGGGAUCUGGGAGUUUGUUGCGAUUGGAUGGAACGGCGUUCUGCUUUUCUCGGCAAGUGUCUUGGCUUUCCAAACUCGACUUUCCCAGCACGAGUUCAACGAAUCUCGCACUCUUUCCUUCCUGAUCUAUUCACACUUCCUCUUUGUGAUUAUUCGGGUUGCAACUUUCUUCCUGAGGGAAUCUGUCAAUGAAAGAAUUCUGUCGCACAUCAACAGUUCGAUUUUCAGCUGUGAUACGAUAGCGGCGGUGAUUAUCUACAUGAUCCCAAAGCUGCUAAAGGAGGACGAGUCGAGAAUGUCUUCUACACGCUUUUUCCAGUGUGGAGUGGACGACUGUCAUCUGGGUGACAAUGUUACUAGUACUCGUUUGACUCCUGUAGAAGUGGGAACGGGCUGUCAUCACUUGGUGUGCGAAUCCUGUGGAUACGUCCAAGAUACAUGUACCAGCACCGAUCGUGCUACCGGUAGUCAGAUGCAAAUUGCAGAGAAUUCGAUUUCCCUUGCACCAGCAUCCCACCUCGACCUGGCUGACAGCUGCCACGAAGACGACAAAGAAGAGCAGUCCGCGUCUGAUUCCACACCAGAAGUUAUGGUGGAUGAGUAGUGGACGGAGCAAAACGCACUGGGAGUCGAGUCAGUCUGAUGCCUGCUAGCUAGCUAGCUACCUAUAGUUGCCUGGAAGAGACGAAGAUCAACCGGUACCGCACCUGGGUGAAACGCAAUGACGCCUGGACUGACUAGUACGAGGAAUGCAGCGUAGAGUCCUGCGCUGCGUCUCUGGAUAGCUACAUGUAGAUGCUAGAGGAAGCCAAACGCGACAACCAAUGCUAGGCCCUGUUCAUUGAGUCGGAGCCAGAGUCGGUCCUCCUUGCGCGUGUUCGACUGACGAGAGAUCUCGAGCAGCGCACCGCAACGUUCCGGUACCGU